AUAAUCCUGCCUGACCCCUUUUCAUCCCUGCCCCAUCCCUGUGCCUCUGCAGUCUCUGGCUUCAGUCUCAUCCUCACCCUGAAUCAACUGAGCUAAGAAAAGCAAAUAAGAUGCCCACCAGCGAGCGUAUAGACUGCCAUUACUGCAAAGACUCCCUGCUGGGGAAGAAGUACAUAAUGAAAGAGGACACGCAGUACUGCACUAAGUGCUACGAGAACUUGUUCGCUAACAACUGCGAGGCAUGCUCCUUACCAAUCGGCUGUAACUGCAAGGAUCUCUCCUAUAAGGAUCGUCACUGGCACGAGCAGUGCUUCAAGUGUGGCAAGUGCAGCCGCCCUCUAGUGGAAAAGGCCUUUGCCGCCAAGGAUGAUUUGUUGCUCUGCACUGAGUGCCAUGCACAGGAUUACUCCUCCAAGUGUACCACCUGCAAGAAAACCAUCAUGCCAGGUUCCCGCAAAAUGGAAUACAAGGGGAACAGCUGGCAUGAGACCUGCUUCCUGUGUCACCGCUGCCAGCAGCCAAUAGGAACCAAGUCCUUCAUCCCUAAAGACACCGGUUACUUCUGUGUGGCCUGCUUCGAGAAGCAGUUUGCAUACCAGUGCUCCGCUUGUAAGAAGGCCAUCACAACAGGUGGGGUGACCUACCAAGAGAAGCCCUGGCACCGCGAGUGUUUUCUGUGCAUUGGAUGCAGAAAGCAGCUGUCAGGCCAGCGCUUCACCACCAGAGAAAAUUACCCCUACUGCCUGGAGUGCUUCAGCAACCUAUACGCAAAGAAGUGUGUGGGCUGCACCAAGCCCAUUACUAGUCUGGCAGGAGCCAAGUACAUCUCCUUUGAGGAACGCCAGUGGCACAGUGAGUGUUUCACCUGCAUGCAGUGCUCUGUGUCACUGGUGGGACGUGGCUUCCUCACCCAGCGUGACAACAUUUUGUGCACUGACUGCGGGAGGGACAAAUGACCUUUACAUGCCAGGAUCACAGCUCUACCCAAAUGACAACAACGCCUGCUGUCUGAUAGAAAUACUGUGGAUCUACGAAAGUCUCGCACAAGAAUGCCUUGCACAUAAAAAGCCUUCAAGUGUCAUUAUUUUGGUGUG